CGGGCAUGCUAACAGUGCUAAUUUGAAUGUUAGCUAAGUUAGCCGUGAGGAUAGUGAUGGUGACCUGUGUCAGGUAUACCAAUGCAAUGCUGCUCCUCAGACGCUGCCACAGCCUGACUAGAUUUGGACCUCUCAACACUCAAAGGCAUCAAGUGACCCCUGCUGUAGUGUCGUGUGCAGUUCGUCUCUGGCGCAGCAGCAGUGAGGAUGGGGGGUCCUACCAGCGCGCCCACGGUCCCAGAUGGAGACAUGGCCUGGCAGGACUGCUGGCUGGUACCGGGGCUGUCCUGGCUUAUAGCCUCCACCACCACAAGGUGCAGGCUGAGCAGCAGGACUCCAGCACAGUGCAGACCAUAGAGAAGACCUCAGCGUUUCCUAUCAUCAGUCAGGAGGAGGUGACCACUCACCGCUCCCUGGAACAUGGCAUCUGGGUCACGUUCAAAGGAGGCGUCUACGACAUCACUGAGUUCGUGGCCAUGCACCCUGGAGGGGAUAAAAUCUUGCUGGCAGCAGGGGGAGCUCUUGAACCUUUCUGGGCGCUGUACGCUGUACACAACCAGGAACAUGUGCUGGAAAUGCUCUCAGAGUAUAAGGUUGGGGAGCUGAGUGCAGAAGAUGUGAAGAAGCAGAAGGCUAUCAAGACAUCAGACCCUUACUCUACGGACCCCGAGCGCCACCCCGCCAUGCACAUCAACAGCCUGAAGCCCUUCAACGCAGAGCCACCUCCUGAGCUCCUUUCUGACAGCUUCAUCACCCCCUCCGCUAUCUUCUUCAAAAGGAACCACCUGCCCGUCCCCCAGGUGGACGCGGCUUCAUAUCAGCUGCACAUUGAGGGGCUACCUGGCGGAGUGCUGACGCUCUCUUUAGAGGAGUUAAAGACUCGAUUCCCCAAACACACCAUCACAGCCACGCUGCAGUGUGCCGGUAACCGCCGCUCGGAGAUGAACAAGGUGAAGCAGGUGAAAGGGCUGAACUGGGGCAUCGCUGCGAUCAGUAACGCCACAUGGGGGGGGGCGAGGCUCAGGGACGUGCUGCUGGCCGCUGGUUACUCGCCCGAUGUGGCUCAGCGGGCUUUCCAUGUUCAGUUUGAAGGACUGGACAAAGACGUGACCGGGACGACAUACGGUGCUUCCAUCCCUCUAAACAAGGCCGUUAAUGAGGAAGGGGAUGUCCUGCUGGCUUAUGAGAUGAACGGCCAGGAUAUCCCCCCCGACCACGGCUACCCGGUGCGUGCCGUGGUGCCGGGCACAGUGGGCGCACGCAACGUGAAGUGGCUGGGGAAGAUCAUAGUGAGUGCAGAGGAAAGCAGCAGCCACUGGCAGCAGAACGACUACAAGGGCUUCUCCCCCGGGACGGACUGGGACACGGUGGACUUCAAGUCGGCUCCGGCCAUUCAGGAGCUGCCCAUCCAGUCGGCCAUCACCGUGCCGACAGACGGGGCCGUGGUGGACCGCAGUUCUGAAGAGGUGACCGUGAAGGGGUACGCCUGGAGUGGAGGGGGCAGAGAGGUGGUGCGUGUCGAUGUUUCUCUGGAUGGAGGGAAGACGUGGCAGGUGGCCCAGAUGAGGAGCAGUGAGAAGGGACAAGCCCCCGGACCCUCACCCCCCCCGGGACGGGCCUGGGCCUGGAAGCUGUGGGAGGUGACGGCCCCUCUUCCUGCCGAGGCUCAGGAGCUGGAGAUAGUUUGUAAAGCGGUUGACAACAGUUACAACAUGCAACCAGACACUGUUCCUCCCAUCUGGAACCUGAGGGGGGUCCUGAGUAACGCCUGGCACAGAGUGAAGGUAGAGAUCAGAGAAGACGAUAACGAGGAAUAGACUCCGUGGUUUCAUCCGUUUUCACAAUCCAAAAGGUUUACGCUUGAAAAGGUUAUUUAGAUCUGUCACUUGUACUCAGCACAGAAGUGAUGGAGGGAAAUACGGUUUCAUAGACACACAGCUUUGAAGUAUUUAUGCAAGUGUUGCUUUUGAGAUUUGAGUUAAUCUGGAACAAAGCUAAAGGCUUACAUUUACCAAAACAUGUCCUGUUUUAUCGAUUGUUGAUUCACUUUGGUCUUAAGGGGAACAUGUUCAUUCUCUGGUCUUUUAGAAAAGAAAACAUUUUUCUAUGUAUUUUUGUAAUUGGUAUAUUGCAAGGAUUGAAUUAAUUGUGUGGUUAACAUAAUUUAAAAGCCUUAUUUAAAAUAAUAUGCUGAUAUCUAAUUGAAAUGUAAACACAUUUUAAGUGUAUUAUAAAGUAAUUACUUGAAAUGCUCGAUAUUAGAGUUGCAUGUUCACAAGAGUAGAACUGAAACUAAUAUCAUUUGGGAGCAUUGUUUAUCUGCCGCUGUGGCAUUGCUGACCUUGGGAAUAAACUAUUUAAUAACUUUUUAUGGGAAGUUUGAGGAGCAGAGGUCGGUGCCGUAGAUCAUCAUCCGUUCAGUCAGUGGAGCUGCCCUCCUGCUUCUCGGUGUGUGUGAAGCACCACGCCUCUGUGGAGCUGCAGCUCAGAGCAGCUGUGUUUAUACUACGACGCUGCAGAAGAAGGGCGCUUCUCGACCACAGUUUAGACUACACUGUGUUUUGUGUAAAAUGUACAUUAUCGUUGAAGAUGAUAAAUAAAGAGCUCUAAUUUUACACUGA